AUGACUGUCACGAUAGAGAGAUCUCCACCAUUUGCUGUCGAAUUGCAAAGACAGGCCAGCGACGAAGCCACCAGAGAUGACCAUGACACGGCACGGUUAAGCAGGGUCUUGCCAGCAACCAUACGAUCCAGGAGCGAUGAAAUUCUCAACCCAAUCAGCAACAUGGAGGAGUUUCUGCAUCAGGAGCUCCUCGUGAGGAAGAUCAAUGCUGUGCAAGACUGGUUAUGGGCCUGCGGCCGACCUAUGCCUCCUCGUCCCCUCCAUCACCAACUCGUGCUCUCUCGCGAUAUCAUCGUAACCGAGAAUCCAGAGCUGCAUCUUAUCUGGGGGCCCAGAGGCAUUCAUCUGAAGCCCCUGCCAGAGUAUCUGUUGGACGCAGGAUUUUGGAGGCAGCACAUUCUGCCCAGCAGUCAUCCAAUUCAUGUGGAGAUUGAACAAUGUGCUCGCGGGUUCCUAUUCUCCUACUGUGCUCUCAUUGCGCACUAUAGCGACUUUCGACUCGCACGCGAGAAGGGACUUCUGCCAGACACUGUGACCUGGGAAUACUGGAAGAUUUUGUCCAGUCAAAUCCUGGAGAGCCACUGCUAUUCUGCCGUCAAUCCUCGAUACUGGUACGGUGAGCUGCGGCUAGGACGUCUGAACAAGGUUUACCGGUUUCGAAAAGGCCACCUGUUGAGAGGCUACUCUCGGAUUGCCGGCUAUGCCAUCUACGGAGACCUCAUCCGCGACAACUUUGCGUCCCUUGUGACGGUCCUCGGCUACGUUGUCAUCGUCUUGACAGCAAUGCAAGUUGGCCUCGCAACGGACAAGUUGGUCUCCAACAGUGCUUUCCAGGCCGCCAGCUAUGGUCUCACUGUGUUCUCAAUUAUUGCGCCACUAAUUUCCACUGUUGCUAUUAUGCUGUUUGUCUCCCUAUGGGUCAUUACCAAUUGGCGCGCCACUACCGCGUUCGAGAAGAGGAGAUUCGCGGAGAUGGGGGUGGAGCCAUACUGGCGGGAACAAUAUCAACAUUGA